AUGGUUAGUCGAAGUGGGAGCCAGGUUGGAGUGACAGACUGUCAGGCCAAUGAGGGGAGGUGGCAGGUUCGGAAGGCGUGGCCUGCGAACUUGCCCGAAGCCCUCCUUUCAGUUCUCUUAUUUACAUACAUUUCUGAGCAGGAAGUAACUCGGAAAACUUCUCGUGUUCAAGGGAAGGGGUCCUUUAUUCUAAUCGAGUGCAAAUCAGGGAUUCUUUUUUUCCUCCGGUCUUUUAUUUCUCCCUCGCCCCCUUCCCGGAUAGGGAAUGGUCAAAAGGAAUUGUUUCAACAGAUCUCGCGGUGCUGUUCGAGAUCCUGUGUUUUAAAAAAACAAUUUAGAAAUGAUGCAAAUGAGCCUGAGCCUUCCGGGGUUUGGGGCUGGGACUGCAGUGCUGGAAGCUCAUUGAAAGCAGCCACUGGUGGAGGCGGGGCUCUGGCUAGUUCCCCUUCCACCUUCCCCCACCCUCGUCUUCCAACCUCUGUUUGGCCCCUUGCUUGGUUCCAGCCAUUGCUGCAGCUGUUCCGCAGCCCUUACCAAGACUCCAGCGACCGACCACAAGCCUUUGUUUCCACGAUGGUGAUCCGCGUAUAUAUUGCAUCUUCUUCUGGCUCUACCGCGAUUAAGAAGAAACAGCAAGAUGUGCUUGGUUUCUUAGAAGCCAACAAAAUAGGCUUUGAAGAAAAAGAUAUUGCGGCCAAUGAGGAGAAUCGGAAGUGGAUGAGAGAAAAUGUACCUGAAAACAGUCGACCGGCCACAGGGUACCCCUUGCCACCUCAGAUUUUCAAUGAAAGCCAGUACCGUGGGGAUUAUGAUGCCUUCUUUGAAGCCCGAGAGAAUAAUGCAGUUUAUGCCUUUUUAGGCUUGACAGCACCACCUGGUUCAAAGGAAGCAGAAGCCCAGGCAAAGCAGCAAGAAUGAAUAAUACACAUUCUUCCUUCAGCGUCUUGAAAAAUAAUGAAUUUCCAUUGCUUUUAUAAAAAUCUUGGCUUCAAAAAGUAGGCUUAAAUGUUGAAAUAAUAGAUUAGUUGAUGUUCUCGCAUGCAAACAAGCAUAAUUAAAAUGUGAACAUGGUGGUGAGAAAAUGAGAGAUUAAGUUAGAACGUUAAGUAAAUAUCAUAGAGUAGUAGUAUUAUCUGCCAAGGCAUUUUAUGUUCUGUAAGGAUUUGACAAAAAUACGCUCCUUUUUUGAUUACUGUGUAGCUUAAGGAUAUCUUCAUUUCAACUUGGAGGAAUUAAAAGGAGAAAGAGAGAAAGAAAGAGACUCUUAUUCCAAAAUUGCCUCAUUAACUGUAGUGAACAUGAAUAUUUUGAUAUGAUGUUACUGUUGUUGAAAUGCAUUUGCAGGUUAUGUUUAUGAUGUGCUAGAAAUUGUAAUUUCAUAUGGAGAUUUUGACAUUCUCCUUUUAUAGAAGAAAAUUGUAUGCCCUGAACCACAAGUGUUUCAGGCUUCUAAAUGUAACCUUUCAUUGACAGAUUCCUUGUUACUUAGACAGUUCUAACAUUACCAUGUUUCUUAAGUUGUUUGCCUCAGUAAAAUAUGACUGUGUAACUUAUGGAAAAGGAUGGCAAUUAACAUUAAAUUGGCCCUUCCUUGCAAAGAACUCUGACUUUUAAUUAUCCACUAUACAAUAUUUUGCCCCUCAUUGUUCAAGACUGAUUUUUUUUUUUUGAUGUUUGCUAAAAGAAGUCUUAGUGGCUCUCUUCUCCUGCUUUAAUACCACUGAUGAUUGUGAAUGCCACUGUCUCUUGAUAGAAGAAGUUGUUUCAGUUUAGGUAGACUGUGUCAGCAGAUGAGUUCAAGUGGAAAGAGUCACUGGCAUGCCUUGAUUUUGUGAGAAAGCACAAGUUUGAAAGAAAGGGAAUGACUUUGGAACUAUUUGGAAGAUAAGCAUGACCCAAGUCACUCAACCAGAGGAUACUGAUAUUGGAUCUUUGUCCCUUCUUACUAUAUUUUUAAAAACAAACAUCUUUUAUUUUAAAUUACUGUAUCAUACCU